CGGACGCGGAAUUCGCUGACACGUUUCCCCCCCGAGAGGAUCGCAUCUCGCAGGAAUGGAAUGAUGUUGGCAGUAUUAGCCUUGACUUAGGAAUGGAAACUGGAUGCAAAGGUUUCAUUUUUAGUCUGAAUCUGUCGUUUUAAUGCGGUGACGAGUUCUCCGUAGCUGAAGCUUAAAGUGUUCCAGUGCAGAGCGGAAGCUAAUUAGCCGCUAGCCGCUAACGACCAGUCAGGCUGCCGUUAGCCUGCCCAGCUAGCCUGCCCAGCUAGCCUGCCCCGCUCCGACAACACGGACCAAAAACACAGCAAAGAUGGUCGAAACUAUAUUUGACCUCCCCGUGGAGAAGCAGAUCUUUUAUGCUGUUUUGGGAUUCUCAUGGACGGUGUAUCUCUGGGAGGCUUAUCUUUCCUACAGACAGCGGAGGAUAUACAGAUCAACAACACACGUACCACAGGAGCUAGGAAAGAUCAUGGACUCUGAAACGUUUGAGAAGUCUCGUCUUUAUCAGCUGGAUAAAAGCAACUUCAGCUUUUGGUCUGGACUCUAUUCUGAGACUGAAGGGACGCUGAUCCUGCUGCUCGGUGGAAUCCCGUUUCUGUGGGGUGUCGCUGGUUCUGUGACGGCUCGCUUUGGAUUCAGUCCAGAGUAUGAGAUCACCCAGUCUCUGGUGUUCCUGACGCUGGCCACGCUGUUCAGCGCCAUAACUGGACUUCCCUGGAGUCUGUACAACACGUUUAUCAUUGAGGAGAAGCACGGCUUUAAUCAGCAGACGUUGGGGUUCUUCCUCAAAGAUGCUGUGAAGAAGUUCGUCGUGACCCAGUGUAUCCUGCUUCCUGUGACCUCGCUGCUCCUCUACAUCAUAAAGAUCGGUGGAGACUACUUCUUCAUCUACGCCUGGCUCUUUACGCUCGCUGUUUCUCUGGUGCUCGUAACCAUCUAUGCCGACUACAUCGCUCCCCUGUUCGACAAGUUCACUCCUCUGCCAGAAGGAGAGCUAAAGACAGAAAUUGAGGCGAUGGCAAAGAGUAUAAGCUUCCCCCUCACUAAAGUUUAUGUAGUUGAAGGUUCCAAGCGUUCGUCACACAGCAACGCAUACUUCUACGGGUUCUUCAAGAACAAGCGCAUCGUGCUGUUUGACACCCUGCUGGAGGACUACUCGCCGCUGAACAAGGCUGGAGAACCACAGCCCGAGCAGCCGGAGACCGAGGAAACCUCCAGCGAGUCAAAAGCCAAACCCAAGAACAAGAAACAGGGAUGCAACAACCCAGAGAUUCUGGCGGUUCUGGGUCAUGAGCUGGGCCACUGGAAGCUCGGACACACGGUCAAGAACAUCGUCAUCAGUCAGAUGAAUUCCUUCCUGUGUUUCUCUCUGUUCGCCGUCCUGAUUGGACGGAAGGAGCUGUUUGUAGCGUUCGGCUUCACUGGAAGCCAACCCACAUUAAUAGGCCUGAUGAUCAUCUUCCAGUUCAUCUUUUCUCCGUACAACGAGCUGCUCUCCUUCUGCCUCACGGUCCUGAGUCGCAGGUUUGAGUUCCAGGCCGACGCCUUUGCACGUGGAAUGGGCAAAGCCUCGGAGCUCUACUCCGCCCUCAUCAAACUGAACAAGGACAACCUGGGCUUCCCUGUAGCCGACUGGUUGUUCUCCAUGUGGCACUAUUCCCACCCUCCUCUGCUGGAGCGCCUCAGAGCGCUGGGCAGCGUCAAGCAAGACUGACGGGGCUGGAAGGGGGAGCAGCGACCGCUGCCUCCUCCCAAGGGCCUCCGCAGACCGCUCCUGGCCCUGUGAUGCACCCUGCUGUCCUUCUCCAUAUCUGCCCCCCACCCCCCCCCACACAUCUAGUUUUAUCUGAUUUGAGCCUUCUCUUCACUUGCCAUACUUUCCAUUUUGCUCCCCUUGAAACUUUGUUUUAAACAGAACCAAAACAUAUCAGCACAAGGCAGCCUGGAAGUCGUGAUCCUGACCCGUCGUCUGGUUCUCAGCUCUUAUGCGCUCGCUGUGAGCAACGCGUCUGGACAACGUGUGUUUGGAAAAAGCUAUUGUCAGAGCACAGGUCAGAGUUCAGCGACUGACCUGACAGUUUUGUUUUAGAAAAUCCUUUUAUUUUGCACAAUUUAAUUCAAAUUUUAUUUAAUUUUUUUAUAUAAAUGAAAGGAACAAAGAUAAACGUACAGAAACCUUCCAGACUGUAGACCUGACUGUUGUGAUGCAGACAUGACAUCCAACUGUUUAAGAACCAUUUUAAUGCUUUAUAAGCUGAUUAGUCCUGCAGCAUGUGAUGAAUUUUAUUGGUUGAAACAGAUAAAUCCUCAUGCAUGCUUGUGACAGUGCUUUUUACAGAUACACAGGCCAGGUUUGGGUUUGUCUCUGCAGUGCAGCUGUUGUUUCUGUACCAGUGUUUCCAGUCGAUUUCUAGAGAGUUCAUCCGGUCAUCCACUCAGAUUCAGACGUUUCGUUAGAGCACCUCUGCAGAUGCUUUGUCACAGUGACAAAACGUGAGUGCCUCUGAUUAUCCCUUUUUGAUGGACACGUUGUGGACAGAGCAGUGCGGGAAGUUUCAUUUGAAAAUAGAUUAGACUUGUGACUUUUAUUUUCUACAUAAAUUUGGGGAAUGUUAUUUUACUUUUUCUAAAGCACUUGCUUGCCGUCGAGGGUCCAGCCGUUCCUGUACAUAUGUAACUUUGGUGAUUAGAGUAACGAUGUAUGAAGUGAUUUGUGAAAACUGUUGAAUGUGAUUUGAAAUUUUAAGUUGACGUUUCUUAGUUUCUUCUCUUGGUUCCGGGCCGGCGUUACCUGGCAGGCAGAGUAUUUAUAGGGGACCCGGGGGGGAGGGGGUCUGCGAGGUUCCUUCCACCACAUGAGCCAGAGUUUGGUUUGUUCAGACUGUGUGCUUUCUUUGCAGCAUUGAAUAAAAUCCUUCAAAGCAUUA